UUGGUUGGAUACGUAGACUUAGGAGGAUCGUAUGUUGGACCAUCUCAAAAUCAUCUCUUCAGAUUGUCCAAGGAAUUGGGAGUAGAAAACUACAUAAUAGAAGAGAAUGAAAAGCUCUUAUUUUAUUCUAAAGGAAAAAGAUAUCCUUAUCUUGCAGCAUCUCCAGUGUCUUUUUGGAAUCCAUUGGUACAAAUGGAUGUUAAUAAUUUCUUAAGAACUAUCGAUAAAAUGGGCGAAGAGAUUCCUGUCAAUGAACCUUGGAAAGCACCACAUGCCGAGGAAUGGGAUACUAUGACUUAUCACGAUUUUUGUGAAAAGAUCUGUUAUACAAGGCAGGGUAAAGCUAUAGCUAAUAUUCUUAUUGAAUUAUAUAUGGUUUCUUCAAGUUACGAAAGUUCACUUUUAUGGAUUUUAUGGUACACCAAACUAUGUCAGGGCACAAUGAAAAUGAUGAAUGUAUCAAACGGAGGACAAGAAAGAAAAUUCGUUGGAGGAAGUCAACAAAUAAGUGAACGUAUUGCAGCUAGAUUGGGAGAUGCAGUAAAAAUGAAUUCACCAGUUGUAAACAUAAUUCAAAAGAACGAAGAAGUAAUAGUGAAAACGUUAAAUGGAAAUACAUAUACAGCAAAUUUUGUAAUUUUGGCCAUUCCACCUAUUUUACAAAUGAAAAUUCAUUACGAUCCACCACUUCCUGCUGUAAGAAAUCAAAUGAUCCAAAGAUGUCCAAUGGGAUCUGUCAUGAAAUGCAUCUUAUAUUAUCGAACGCAGUUCUGGAGACAAAAAGGUUACUGUGGUUCAACUUUGGUUGAUACGGAUGAUGGCAAUCCAAUUGCUGCUACAUAUGAUGACACUAAACCCGAUGGAAGCUAUCCAGCCUUGAUAGGAUUUGUAGGAGCAGACAAAGUACGAAAUUUAACUCCUCUUUCAAAAGAAGAAAGAAAGAACAUUUUUGCCAAAUGUCUUUAUAAUGUGUUCGGCUUGAGUGAAUUUCUAGAGCCAAUACAUUACGAAGAAUAUAAUUGGAUGGAAGAACAAUAUUCGGGAGGUUGUUACACGGCUAUGUUUCCCCCGGGAUUUUUAACCAGAUAUGGAAAAAUCUUAAGGAAUCCGGUAGGAAGAAUAUAUUUUGCAGGAACAGAAACUGGAACUACUUGGACGGGAUAUAUGGAAGGUGCUAUUCAAGCAGGAGAAAGAGCUGCUAGAGAGGUACUUUAUGCAAUGGGAAAGAUUCGAGAAGAAGAAAUAUGGCAAACAGAAGCUCCCGCAAAUGAUGUGGUUGAUCUUCCAUUUAAACGAACGUGGUGGGAAAGAAAUCAACCUUCCGUUCCAGGCUUCUUCCGUUUAUUAGGCUUUACAAUAUUCACAGGAUUAGCCGUUUCGAUGAUUUACAAAUGCAGGCAUCGUUUUCAAUAACGUAAAAUGAUUUAAUCAUCAAAAUUAUGUACUUACUUAAUCCGUAAUGAUUUUUCUGUUCGUCUUUGAAUACAACCAUAAAUUCAUUCUUCUUAAUUAAAAAAUAUACAUUUCAGAUUUUGUAGACUGUAUUUUUAAAAUAUAAUCUUUAGGAUAAUCUGCCUGCGCUAAAUCGUAAAUUAUAUUUUGCAUUUUUUUUAAUUUGAGACACACAUCAAUUGAAUACAUGCACCCGAAAAUUCGUUCUAUCCAGGAAGGUAUAUUUUAGAAAAAAGGCAAAAAUCUGUCACGCAAAAACUACUAGAAGUAUCUUCUUAAUUUUUGGCAGGAUUCAAAUUGAUCAAAUAUAUUCAGCAAGAUAUUAUGGGAAAACAUAGCUGUUGCACAAGUCAUGAUAUUUGGCACCAAAAACGUAUCCACAGUCAAAACUCAUUCGGUCUACGGAUUGAACGAGUUUCGAGAGUUAUUUUCAAGUAUGAUAUAGAAAAACACAGCGGUCCAUCAUAAUAAAAACCCGGAAAACUCCACGUGGUGUGCCGUCCUGGCCAGGCGAGAAACCACGACC